CCCAGCGCUGUCGGGGCCGAAAGUGCCGUUUUGCUGGUCCCCCCCCCGCGCCGUGGCGAUGCUGCCCGCCUCCCAGCGCCGUCGGCAUGGCGACCGCGGCCGCCGCGCUGAGGGAGGGGCGCGGCGGGGCGGUGCUGCCGGGGGUCGGGGCCUACCGGCGGGGCGGGCCGGGGCCUACCGGCGGGGCGGGCCGGGCCCAGGCGUGGAGCCUGGCUGGGGCCGGGGUCUCUGCCCGGCCGAGGGCAGCUGGGGGCUGCCCCACGCCUGGCAAGCCUGACCUUGAGCCUGAGCCUGAUGGAGCCACGGGCAGGGCUGCUCUGAGCACUUACCUGUGCGGCGGCUGCGGGGUCCCGCGGCCCUCCCACGGCCACCGCGGCGCAGCCCGGCCCCGACGCCAGCGUGAGCCGGCUCCCAGCUCCCGUGGGCGCAGCUCAGACGCAGAGCAGACCUGCCCCGGCAGCCCCAGACAGCUGGGCCUGCUGAGCCGAGCUGGGCCAGGGCGGGAGGGCAGCGGUUCGCCUUCAUCUGGCACUGGCUGUGAGGGGAUGCUGCCAGCACGCAAGCCCCGGUGCCGGGAGAGGGGUGGGAGACCACAGCGUGGUCCUGGUGCGACUUGCCAGCUGAGCAUCCCUCGUUAUCCUGCCGGACUGCUGGGGAGGCCACGGUGGGAUUCGGUCCCCUGCCCCGGGUCUGCCCCGGGGGGAACACGGGACUCCUGGCGCUCACCCAGCAGUGGUGCUUGCCAACGCCCCACUGCGGCUUCCCUCCGCCCGCCCCGUGCAGGUUCCCAGCCCUGCCCUCCCUGCCCACAUAGUUUUGCUCCUGCUUGGAGCAGGCUCGGGACGGCUGCAGAGCUGCCAUGGCAGCGAGCGCUUCCCACUGGCACAGCUACCUCGGGGUGAUUGUGUCCCGCGAGAGGCAGCGGCUGGAGCAUUUCCAGCGGGCCGAGGACAUCCUGCUGACCCUGCUGGAGGGUGUCCACGCCAGGGAGCCCCGCUUCCUCGUGGACUACGCCAGGAACCUGGAAGCCUUUGAGUUCGCUCUCUGCACCUCCGAGGAUGCUGUCACCUUGGAAGUCCCCCUGCAGAUUGAUGGUGAUGCCCUGCGGGUGGUGGCGUGCCAGCCUGGGGACACCCCAACCAAGCACUGUCCAGGGCUGGGCAUCUGCUGUCUGGAAGUGCCCUCUCCAGGGACCGACUUGGAGGACUGGACCAGCACCGUGGGUGUGAUGGAGCGGGGUGGUGCAGGGUGCCUUGCUCCGGGCAAAGUCCUCCAGCACCUGAAAGAGCUCCUUGUUUCGGCCAUCGUGCACUGCCAACGCCAGUUCCUGCUUCAGCCAGGUGACCUCAGCGCUGAGAAUCUGCAGGAAGAUACUAUGGAGCUCUCCCUGCUGAUCCGCGGUGGCUGGAAGACUGUCCGCUUUAACAUUGUUCCCGUUGUGAAGAGGUGGCAGGAGUCGCUCCGGCUCAAGGAGCGGCAGAGCGACAGGGGCUUUCCUGAAGGCAGCCUCCGGAAGGCCACGGAAGAGGCCCACUUUGUCCCAGCCUCUCCCCAUUGCUGGAGAUCUUCCACUCACCUCCCCAUCCUUAAGCUGCUCCAGGCAGUAGACACACUGAAGGGACCCCGUCUGGACAGCCUUCGCCUGCUCAACCAGCUCCGCAGCCAGGACUGGGGAGAGGAGGGUGGAAAAGGUGGUCUCACCUUCAACCACCUGAAGAUGGUGCUGCUGUGGAGCACAGAGCUCUUCCCCUCCCCAGAGGACUGGCAGGACCUGGAGGGCUCUGUCUACAGGCUCCUGGUGAUCCUCCUCCGCUGCCUGGCCACCCGGCGCCUGCCCCACUUCCUGCACCCGGAGGAGAACCUCUUCCAAAGAGAGCCCUUGGACCUUGCCUCCCUCUUCCGUAAAGUGGAGAGCUUCGCCCAGGACCCCCAACGCUUCCUCCGCUUCCAUUUUGGCCUCCCUGUGCGCACUGACAGCUGGCAGGCAGACGCCGGCACCCGAGCCCUCCUCCAGCUCCCUGCCAAGGACGGGUCCUACUGGAACACAGCCUACUUUGACAUCCUGCUCAGCCAGUUUCAGGUGUACCAGAUCCAGGAUGGUGCACGCCGCUCAGCAAUGUCCCAGCUCCUCUCCAAGAUCCGGCGAGAAAUCCCCCAGCAGAGCUGAGCGGGACCCUGCUGUCGCCCCAUCUGGAUGUCUCAAAACUCAG